GGAUCGUUGAUGGUAUUGGGCGUACUAUUGUGCACGCGCAAAGGGGCCAUCAGGCAUGACGUCUGGCGAAUUGAGUGUUGAACCUGGAUAUUAAUGCAGACAUGCAACAGGGCCAGUUUAGUGUGGUGGAUAUAACGCAUCUAAAGAUUAGUCCAACAUAGUCUACUUUUAUCUAGUUUGCAGAUCUAAAGUUCAGGCUCAGCUAUACUUUCUUUUUGCAAAACGAAUGGAAAAUAGCGCCUGGCUGUUUGCGUUUGUGUUCAAUCAGACAGCAAGCCUACACAUUACGCCAACAAAAUUCAUUCCUUGCAACCGUUCGUCGGGACUUUCGAUGUGUAACAUCAAGCAUUUGUGGCACCUGGAAUAGAAGCCAAAAAGUGAGAAGCUACCAUGGCCAAAAGACCUGUUAAGAUGGAAAUGAUGCCACGCAACUCUGCACGGGAGUUGCAUGGGCCAGGGAUGGGUGAUCUGACAUUGCGAUGGCUCGCCUCGCAACUAGGCCCUGACUGGGAGAAAGUGGCGUCUUUCCUCGGCUUUACCGCAUCCGAGAUCAGAACCUUCAAGACGGACAAUCCUUUGCAGACGGAGGAGCAAGCCUUCCAGGCGUUCGUCAAGUGGAGGCAGCGACAGCCUCUCGGAGAGGACCAGACCACCGCGGUAUGCUCGGCGCUUCGGGAGGCUCGCAGAGUCGAUCUCGCUGAGCAAUUGCGAGAGAGAACAAGACAGCAAGACCUUUGCUGCCGAGAUCCGAGCGAAGCAGAAGGACCACGGUGUGAGACCCACCCUCGUGAGGUAAUUCGGUUCUUCUGCGAAACAUGCACCGUUUCGAUCUGCCACCUAUGUACAGUGAUCGACCACUGCAAGUCCAAGCACGACAUCGCGCACAUUGGAGAGGCUGCUCGCAUGUACAGACACGUCUUGAAAGAAAUCAUGCUCCCCGGACUUGGCAUGGAAAUCGAGGAGCUCGAGAGAUCCUUGAAGGAGAUAUCUCGUGCCAAACGGAUCUUCAUCAAACACUUUGUCCAAACGAAAACGGAACUGAUGGAGAGAUUUCAGGAGGCGGAGGCUGAGGGCACCCUGGAAGGGAAACAUAUGGUUGACGCCAUGAGAGAUCUUAGAAGGCAGCGCGACUGGGAAUUCGGGCAGCUUGAGGCGAGAGUGAGUAACCUGCUGAGGAGGAAACAGGAAUCACGAGCAACCGCCUGGGAGAUCUCAAAGAACGACCAGGAGGACCGCGAUUUCCUGGCAGUCUAUCACUGGAUCCGGCAGAGGAUAGAGCACCAGAGCAGCCAAAGGCCGCCUGAGGUUGACCCCGGUUUGUCGUGUCUGGAGAGGUUCCGGACGAGUAGCCCGGACUCCCGCUACCCUCGACCAGGCGAGCUGGACCUGGGUGGAUCGUUGGAGCUGCACGGCGACUCUGGUAGGCAGGGCGUGCGCAAUAGAGGCGAGGAGACCCUGGUGAUGAACGGGGCUCGAGGGGUGGCGAUUCUGGCAUGUCGCGAGAUCGCGGUGGCAGAUCAUUUCAACAGACGCGUGGUCAUCUGCAACACCGAAGGUCAACCGCAGCGAGUUAUUCCUGUACCCGGCAACCCCUACGAUGUUGCAGCUUCUCCUACGUCCAAUCGCAUUGUGGUUGUGGACAGCACUUCAUACGUCCGCGUCUUCUCUAAAGACGACAAGUUACUGGCCGAGUUCCCAACAGUGCCGCGGGCCGAAGUUGACGACACGGAAGUGGACCUACGGAGCGUGGCGGUCUGGCCCGAUGGUACCAUCCUCGUGGGCGAUAUCAAGAGGAAGGUCUGGACUGAGCACUGCCCGACUGAGGGCGUCCUCCUGCGCACCGUGCCGGUCAAGACCAAGCCUUACUACAUGUCAGUCAACAACGACAGGGUCGUGGUCAGCGGCCUCAAGCAGAGGGCGCGUGUUCUCGACACCAACGGGGACAAAGUGUUCACCAUCAAGCCGACCGUCGACGGCGAAGCGGUGGAACAGCUGACCGGUGUUUGCUACGCCAGCUCGGGUAUCUUCACGACGAUGAACAACCGCGUGAAGGACACUGGACACAUCCACCACUACGACGAGAGAGGAGCCUUCCUCGGCUGUCUGGACCAGGGACUAAGGCUUCCGCUUGGGAUUGCGUGCACGGCACAUGGGCGAGAGCUAGCCGUGGCCGAUUGGGAUGGUUCAGUCAGGAUGUAUAACUUUAAUGCAUAUGCUUAAUAUGUGACUCCGCGUUCCUCGACGUGACGCGCAGUGGCGUAUAGCCAGGGUUCUCAGUCACCAUAGGUGCGAGUGGGGGUUGGAUGUUAAAAUAGGGUGGGGUCAAUUUAUGCUGAACCCGUUAACUACGGUAUGGUCAUUUAUAACUGGGAGGGGCGACUAGGCCGAGUUGCGGAUGAUUGUUCUUAUAUUGGUGGUGCGCCCCCCCCCCCUCCCGAAAAGGCCGCUGAUGAUGCGCUGUGAAGAUAUUGACUGAGACGUCUGGGAAUUGAUUUAUUGCAAUAAACAUAUCUCAGUUGUUUACGUAAUGACGUUAAGUAUCAAUUCGUUGAUCAUAUUAUCUAAUCCCCACCUUGCUCCCAUUCGCACCCUUCUGGCGUAAAAAAAACACCAAGGCCUAUCCGGUAGGUCUUAUACAUGCACCACAACAGACAAUAAUUGUAAUUUGUCACACACGAGCACAAAAAGGUCCACAAAUCAAAAUCACAAAUUGAAACUCUAUUUUACUAUAAAAUAUACAAUUUAUCUUUAAAAAAAAAGCCGUGUACUUGAUGACGUCACCAUUGUGACUGAUGAGACCCUGAGGCAUCCACGAAUCAAACAAUCAAUAACUUAAUCUCAUCUUGCAGAAUGCCGAGUGUAUCUUUUUUUAAUUGGUGGAUUUUUUUCAAUGUGUACAUUUGAACCUUGUUUGGCCCUUUGCCAACAGAGUUUAACGUUUUGGGCUGCCA